GAAUCGGAUGAGUUGAGUCUCGACGAUGAGUCGGAAGUGUCUGAUUUGGAGCCCAAACACAAACGCAGCAAAAGCUCGAAAUCAAAGAGUAAAUCAAAGUCUAAGUCGAAGAGCAGCUCGAAGUCGAAAAAGUCGUCGAAGAAAUCAAAGAGAAGAGUGAGUUCUUCAGAUUCAGACGACGAUGUGAUAAGUCUUGGAUCUGAUUUCAGUGAAUCAGACACUGAUAACAAACCAAAGAAAACGAUUCCACCGAAAAAGCCAUUAAACAAAUCCAAGAAUCUGAGCACAGAAUCCGAUUCGGAUUCAUCUGACAGUAAACCAAAAGCGAAAGCAAAUUCACCGAAAACUCCAAAGAGUUCGACCAAUUGGUUGACUCAGAGAUCGGAAAAACUAAAAUCAGUCGAAAAGUCGAGUCCAUCGACAAAGAAGACUUCAAUGACCCCUAAAGCCAGUGAUAAGAGACUGAAUAAAAGUGUGAUGUCUUUAGCGGCUGAUGAGUCGUUUAUAUCUGUGAUGGACUCGACUGAACAGAACGGCAACAAAGAGUGGAUUCACACGAGUUAUGAAUUCCUGAAACCAGAGAAACUUAAGGAUAAAUCGGGAAGAUUUAAGUUAAUUAAUGGAGAGUUGAACCCCGAGUACGACGCGUCCAGUCUCUCAGUGCCACAAUCACAUCUGGACCAACAGACCCCUGCUCACAGACAGUGGUGGCUCAUGAAGUGUCAACACUUUGAUACCGUCCUCCGAAAACUCCAAAGAAGAUCGGAAAAACUAAAAUCAGUCGAAAAGUCGAGUCCAUCGACAAAGAAGACUUCAAUGACCCCUAAAGCCAGUGAUAAGAGACUGACUUCAAUGACCCCUAAAGCCAGUGAUAAGAGACUGAAUAAAAGUGUGAUGUCUUUCGCGGCUGACGAGUCCUUUAUAUCUGUGAUGGACUCGACUGAACAAAACGGCAACAAAGAGUGGAUUCACACGAGUUAUGAAUUCCUGAAACCAGAGAAACUGAAGGAUAAAUCGGGAAAAUUUAAGUUCAUUAAUGGAGAGUUGAACCCCGAGUACGACGCGUCCAGUCUCUCAGUGCCACAAUCACAUCUGGACCAACAGACCCCUGCUCACAGACAGUGGUGGCUCAUGAAGUGUCAACACUUUGAUACCGUCCUCUUCUUCAAGAUGGGCAAAUUCUAUGAGCUGUUCCAUAUGGACGCUGUUUUGGCCGUCAAUGAGCUGCAGAUCAUAUUUAUGAAGGGAGACUACGCUCACGCGGGCUUUCCCGAGAAGGCUUUCAAACGAUAUGCUGAUGUAUUAAUUCAAAAGGGUCUUAAGCACAACUACUUUAUGAACAGCUAUAAAGUGGCCAGGGUCGAACAGACUGAGACACCAGCGAUGAUGGAGGAAAGGGUCAAACACAUGAAAAGGGCGACUAAAUUUGAUAGAGUAGUCAAUAGAGAGGUGUGUCGAGUGUCCAGUAUUGGCACUCGUAUGGCAUCUGUUAUCGACGCCGACAUGCUUUCCGAUCACAACUCGUAUCUGAUGGCCAUCACUGAAAAUAUAACAGAAAGUGGUUUUGAUUUUGGCGUUUGUUUUAUUGAUGUUUCGAUCGGCAAAUUCAAUUUAAGCCAAUUCUCAGACGACAAAUACUACUCUCGAUUGAGAACUCUUUUGGCUCAUAACACUCCCACUGAACUCAUCAUUGAUAGGAAAUGUCUUUCAAUGAAAACGAGGCAAUUGGUAGAGAAUUGUGUCCCAAAUGGUCGCUUCGAGUAUAAGAGAGAGUUUUGGUCGUCGAAGAAGACAUUGAAAUACUUAACUGAAGGCGACUUCUUUAAUGGAGAUCUGCCGCAAGUGUUGAACGAUAUGAUAGAGCCCACGGAUUCUCUGAAGCAGACGGCGAAGGCUGGGCACGAGUUGGCCAUCCGAUCGUUGGGCGCCGUCAUCGACGUCUGUAUCGAAUCUCUUAUUGUUGACGAAGUAUUGUCUAUGAAACUGAUGUCGGAGUACAAACCGUGUGAUACAAAUCGAUUGGGAUCUGAUGACCAGUUACCCAAACAAAUGAUUCUCGAUUCCUAUUCGCUCCGGAAUUUAGAAAUCUUUCAAAACAGUUUGGGUGAGAGUGAGGGCACACUUUGCGAAGUUCUUGACUUUUGUGCCACACCUUUCGGUCGACGAUUACUUCACAAAUGGAUCUGUUGUCCACUUUGUGACAUCUCGCAGAUAGUGGACAGACAACGGGCCAUAACAGACAUAUCUAAUGUCAAUAUACGAUUUGAAACGGAAGAGACAAUAAAGGCAUUGAAAAAGUUGCCGGAUUUGGAGCGACUGCUUAACAAAAUCCAUUCCCAGGGUUCGGCCAAACGCGCCAAAAGCCAUCCCGACUCGAGAGCCAUAUUCUUCGAGAGUGAUGUCUAUAAUAAACGCAAAAUAUUAGACUUUCUAUCAGUUUUGGAGGGCUUUAAACAAUCGGUUAAAAUUGUGGAAUCGUUUCAAAAGCACAUCCAAUCGUUCGAGUCAUCGAUUCUGAAGAAAUGUUUGUCUAAAGAAGGAAACGGCAAAGGAUUUCCUGAUCUGAGCGGAAACUUUGCAUAUUUUGACAAUGCGUUUGACCACAAGAUGGCUAAAUCAUCCAAUCGUUCGAAAGGAAACGGCAAAGGAUUUCCUGAUCUGAGCGGAAACUUUGCAUAUUUUGACAAUGCGUUUGACCACAAGAUGGCUAAAAAAGACGGAAAGGUUGUGCCGCAUACGGGUGCCGAUCCGGAAUACGACCAAUGCGUUGAACAGGUCGAAGCCAUCACUAAAAAGUUAGACAACUAUUUGGUCGAACAGAGAAAGUUCUUUGGCUGUCAAGUGGUGUACUUCGGGACCGGAAAGAAUAGAUACCAAUUGGAAGUACCAGAGAGUGCGAGCAAAAGGAUAACCAAAGAUAAUCACGACUAUCAAUUAGAAACUUCUCGAAAGGGAUAUAAGCGCUAUUCAACACCCAUUACCAGAAAGCUUUUUGAUGAGCUUCUGGUGGCUGAAGACGCCAAAGAUACUGUUCUUGAGGACGGAAUGCGCAGAAUAUUCGAGGCGUUUGAUAAUCAUUACGACAAAUGGUUGGAAGCGAUUAAUUGUCUUUCUUUGUUGGAUGUAUUCCUGAGUCUCUCGAAGAGCCGAACAUUCCUCCAGCAGAAGGGGUCCGUCGUAUGCCUUCCGAAGUUCAGUCAUUCGGAGACACCGUUUGUUAAUUUAGUUGAAUCACGAAAUCCAUCUCUACUUAAGUAUUGCGAGAAUUUUAUCGCGAAUGACAUUAAGAUUGAAAGCGAACUCCUUUUGCUGACCGGACCUAAUAUGGGCGGAAAGAGUACUCUAAUGCGACAGUUGGGGCUCAUUGUGAUUAUGGCACAGAUGGGUGCUUACGUUCCGGCAAAGGAAUGCACUCUCACUCCUGUGGACCGCAUAUUCACGAGACUCGGAGCUUUUGAUCGCAUCGUUGAGGGCGAGAGUACUUUCUUCGUUGAAUUAAGCGAAACAGCCGUUGUUUUGAAGCACUCGACCAAACAUUCACUCGUUUUAAUCGACGAAUUGGGCAGGGGAACGUCAACUUUCGACGGCACAGCCAUUGCCUGUGCGGUCACUAAAGAGUUGAGUGAAAACAUCAAAUGUCGGACUCUAUUCUCAUCGCAUUACCACUCAUUAGUCGAUGAGUUUAGAUUCAACCCUUCCGUCAAAUUGGUUCAUAUGGCCUGUAUGAUUGAGAACGAGAACGAAAGCGAUCCGACAGAAGAGAGCAUUACAUUCCUGUAUAAACUAAAGGAGAACUCGUGUCCCAAAAGCUAUGGCUUCAAUGCCGCACAAUUGGCAGGAAUUCCCAAACAAGUCAUUCGUAAUGCAUUCAAAAGAGCCAAAGAAUUCGAGCGACAAAAUCAAAUCGAAAAGAUUUUCACCAAAGUUAUGCACAAAAGUGUGACCAACACUGAGAUUAUGUCUAUUAUUCCUCACCUCAAGAGCUUUAGUCUAAACAAUUGA